CAUUUCCCAGGUUCAGAAAGAGCCUCCCGUUCACUGCGGCCGUCGCAUCGUCCGUUCGCCUGCAACUUUCCGAAGUCUAUUCUAAACUCUGGAUUUGAUUUUAAAGCCGACGAUUUAUUGGAUUAACGUUUCCGAGGGAGUUAUUUUAGAUGAAAUGAAAGCGACAGCCAACCAAGCUCCGCCCCCAUGCCCCGCCUCGCCAUCGCCGAUUGGUCCGCUGGUUUGACCGACCUCGGCCGCAGCUGAACCAACCAGGGUCCCGCCCACGCUUCACUGACCCCGCUCGUCGCCGCCCGGUCGGGUCGGGAGGUCGGAGGUCGGGAGGUCGGGGGUCGUCGGCGGCAGCCACUCAGAAGAUGAACAAGCUCCCCUUCCACAACAACCGCGCCAUGCAGGACCGCCGCUGCGUCUGUGUCUUUCUGCCCAACGACGACACGCUCAACGUCAUCGUCAACGUGAAGACCCUGUCCCAGGAGCUGCUGGUCCAGGUGUGUGACCUGCUCCGUCUGAAGGACUGCCACCUGUUUGGACUGAGCGUCGUCCAGAACAAUGAACACAUCUACAUGGAGCUGGACCAGAAGUUGUCCAAGUACUGCCCCAAGGAGUGGAAGAGGGAGGCCAGCAAGGGCAUCGACCAGUUCGGCCCUCCCAUGAUAAUCCACUUCAGAGCCCAGUAUUACGUGGAGAACGGGAGGUUGAUAAGUGACCGGGCGGCCAGGUACUACUACUACUGGCACCUGAGGAAGCAGGUGCUGCUGUCCCAGUGCGUGCAGCGCGAGGAGGCCUACUUCCUGCUGGCCGCCUUCGCCCUGCAGGCAGACCUGGGGAACUUCAAGCGCAACAAGCACUUUGGAAAGUACUUCGAGCCCGAGGCUUACUUUCCCCCCUGGGUGAUCACCAAGCGGGGGCGGGACUACAUCCUGCGCCACAUCCCCAACAUGCACAAGGACCAGUUCGCCCUGACGGCCUCGGAGGCCCACCUCAAGUACAUCAAGGAGAGCGCCCAGCUCGACGACGUCACCGUCCACUUCUACCGCCUCUACAAGGACAAGAAAGAGGUGGAGGCGUCGCUCACGCUAGGACUGACGCUUCGCGGGAUCCAGAUCUUCCAGAACGUGGGGUCUGUGAGGCAGCUGCUGUACGACUUCCCCUGGACCAACGUGGGCAAGCUGGUCUUCGUGGGGAAGAAGUUCGAGAUCCUUCCGGACGGUCUGCCCAGCGCACGGAAGCUAAUGUACUACACGGGCUGUCCCGUGCGCUCCCGCCACCUCCUGCAGCUGCUGAGCAACAGCCACCGCCUGUACAUGAACCUGCAGCCCGUCCUCAAGCAGGUCCGCCACCUGGAGGAGAACGAAGAGAAGAAGCAGUACCGGGAGUCCUACAUCAGCUCCAGCGACGCCCUGGAGCUCGACAUGGACCCCCUGGACAAGAGGUGCCGGGCCAGCGGCAGCAGCGCCGGCAGCAUGUCCCACCACCACACGCGUCUGUCCCGCCACUCCACCGCCUCCCACGGCAGCUCGCACACCUCGGGCGUGGAGACGGACAGCUUCCGGACCCCCGGCCAGCCGCCGCACCGGGCGCUGCGCGGCUGCAGCUCCUCCACCACCAGCCAGGGCAGCUCGCACACCUCAGGGGUGGAGAGCAGCGGGAAGGACCGCAUCCUGGACGAGGAGAUCGAGAUGUUGGUGGACGACCCGAAGGACUAUGAGGAGCUCCACGAGAUGGCUCUAGAGCUGACCCAGGACCUGUGCAUCCACAUCACCGAGGACAUGCUCACCAUGUCACCAGACCAGGGCAGCGGAUACUCAGGUCUCAUCGUGAAGGACGUGAGCUCGUCGACGUCCAGCUCCUCCGAGACGGUGGUGAAGAUGAGGGGGCAGAGCAUAGAGUCCCUACCCCAGACGUUGGUCUGCCGUAAGACCCAGUCGUCCACCGACCGCCACAGCCAAUCCCUGGACGACGUGCGCCUCUACCAGAAGGGCUGCAUGCAGUGGGCGGAGCUCUGCCAGGACACCGCCCACAGCUACACCUUCGGCUGCGCCCAGGAGCUCAGCGACAGCUGCGCCUACCCGGGGCUGACGGAGCCGAGCGUUGGCGUCCGCGGCGAGCAGCACGCCUUCCCCAUCAAGAGGACCAACAAGUACUUCUCUCUGGACCUCACCAGCGACGAGGUGCCCGAGUUCGUGGUGUGAGGGCUGGGGGGCCGAGGGAGGGGGGGGGGGGGGUAACACACCAGCCGGGGAGAUCCGGUCUGAACGCCACUCAGGAGCCAGUCACGAUCUGUUACUACAGCAGAAGUCAGAGGAGGGUGGGUGAACUGGAUUGAACUGGAGUAAACGCAGGCUAAAGCGGUCUGAACCUGGUUGGUUUUUGGGGGAUACUGCGUCGGUUGAGUGACCCCCCCCCUUCCCCCCCUCACCACAUGAAUCUAAGAUGACCCGACAGAGUGUGCAGAGGCAUCAGGUGGAAACCGGAACUUCGUCGAUGAAAUAAAAAAAUAACUCUUUGCUGAAGAGGGGUAUCUUAAAGUCCACUUCUGCUUCUCCACUGUGACACUCGUUUGGACUGGAGAGCGAGAGGGAAAAGCGUUGUUACAAAAUACGUCUCUUCCGUCAGUCGGACAAACACUAGAGCGCAUUCAAAGAGCUUCAUGGGACGGAAGCGGUUGGAUGAUCACCAUGACGACAGUGCCUAUUCUAACAAGAAAAAAAAAAAAAAAAGGACCCAUUGUAGGUCACAAACCGACUGACACAUUGCAUGAACACCGGAGACGUGGGGCGUCCAAGCACACACAUCGUGGCUUCGUGUUGAACUCAUCCAUACCACGCGCGAGCCAGGAGCCACGAGCUGACAGCCAAAGAAAAGACCACGCUCAAACCGGGGAACAAACGCAUCAUGUGCCCGCGUGAGGAUCCAUUACCAUGUAAAGAAACAUCACUUUAACCUUUGACCCCAAGAGUAGAGACCAGUGGCAUCUGGGAAGUGGAGUCAUUUGAGUGAUUAGAGUGAACAUCCAGCAUGUUCCAUGUCAUUAUUACCAUGGCGGGAAGUGCAGAGUGCCAACAUACAACAUACAUGUUCCUGUGAACACGUACCAGAGGUGCCUUUUGUCAUACUAUGCAAGUUCCUGGACAUCUCGCAAAAACGCUCACCGUGACAAACACACCCACACCUUCUUCAUUGACUGCGAUUCUUUAAAAACGCUUUUAGUGUGAAGCACUCCCCAGUAGUUGGAAAUAUACUAGGUCACAAUUCAGACACUGUGACCCCUCAAUACAUCAUACAUCGUCUUAUUUGGUCGGAUAAAUAAUCAGCUUUUUCUUUCAUAAAUGGGAUUAUUAAUGUUUCUUCAUGGCCAUUUUUAUGUUUUCUUAAUGUAAAGUUUUCAGUGAGGUGAUGGUUUCUCUGGGAAACCUUAUUCGGUUAACGAAUCAUUCAUGUCCCUAUACAAGACUUGGCUCCGUGUGGAUUUUUUGUUCUAACCCUUUACAUUAAGAUAUGUUGCAUUGUUGUUUAUAUAGAGUGCGUUGUUUUGUUUUGUUAUUAUUAUUUCAAACUGGAAUUUUUCAAACUUUUUUAUAAAAGAUUUUAUCCUGCAUAUUUUUUUGACCUUUCCCAAAAUCGUCAUCUUUAUCAUCAUGGACAUCUUUGUAUUUUUUGUAUUGAGUGUUGACUCGCGUCUCUGUUGAACGGUGGUUCUGGUGUAUGCGGUCAGUCUUUCAGUAUUAAGAGCGACGCAUGUAGUGUUUUGAUCGUUGGUCAGGUCUUCCUUAAUACUGUUGCCCCCUGGUGGCGAACAACAUAACCUGUUACAUUCAUGGUCAUUGGUAAAGCAGUCACAAUGUAUGUUUUAACUUGAGUUGAAUGCGUUUAUCCUUGGGAUGCCACAGACUGUAGCGGAGAACAAAGGGAUGUUAUAAUAGCUGAUGCUAUCUAACAGGUUAUGUCUUUCCUCGUCUUUUAACUCAUUUGGUUAAAAUACUUAUAAUGUGUGCCAAGAUUGUGUCCAUUCCAUAUCCCUUGUUUAUCAAUAGCAUUGUUUCUAUGAUAAUAUUAUGGCAGUUUUAAUUUGUGGUGACUGAACAUUCAACACUUAACAUGAGCUCACUAAAAAAGAGGCUUCAGGUGGAUUCAGCUGCGACAGAACCAUACAGCCAUUGCUUUAUGUUUGCUUUGAAAUAUGUUUGUGAUAACAAGCAGAUUAGGGCCCCUGGUAUGAAUUGAAUAGUCUGAAACUGUUAUAUAGGGGAAAACACAUGGCUAAUUGGAAAAUGGGCUGCAUUAGCUUUGCUAAAGCUAUAUGAAAACGUCAAUAUCUUAAAAUACCCACCAACAUGUUUUUAUCCAAAGCAUUAUUCAAUGAAUUCUCUUCAAUAUCAGACUCAUUUAUUUGUUGAGAUGCUAAAGGCACCAUGAAUAAGAGGUCAAGGUAAAAUAAUAUAAAUGGUUAGGCGUAGGCCUAUAUAGCAGCGUUUUGUGAAAGUCAAACAAAAACAAAUUAUAGUAAGUUUAUGCGAUUUUGAGUCGAACCGCUUCUGCUAAGCGUACUUAUUGAUGGAGAUGAGUCUUAUGUUGAUGGGUAUCACGUUGACUGGCCUUUUAGUGUCAAGGUACAGAGCCAUAGAACCACAGCACCACGACGCUCAUGCUUUCCGACGUGUGUGUUGUGGGCGUGUCGUGGGCGGGGUUACGUCUGCACUUGUCCUUUCUGUGAAAGGAAUUCCUCGCUGGAAAAAUAAAUGGAUGACAUAUAUUUUUCUUCUUUUUGGUCACCCUAAUGUGUUCUGAUGAAGUCUUUGGUCUGUGCCUUUUGUGGUACUAAUACCCUCAAUACUCCAUAAAAUAAAGGUACAUUUAUUUGCCAAAAAUCUGUGGUCUAAUUAUGUUUAUUCCACGUUUGUUUUUAUAGUUUGAAAGGUACCCCACACACACACACACACACACACACACACACACACACACACACACACACACACACACACACACACACACACACACACACACACACACACACACACACACACACACACACACACACACACACACACACACACACACACACACACACACACACACAACAACGAA